AUGCUUAUACUCGGACAUAAAAUUGGAAGGUGCGUAAAAAUUAGAAAAGCGAAUUUUCCGAAAUUUAUGAACUUCAGUUCAAAUAUAAAAAAUGACAUAUAUAAUCAGUAUGAGACUUUUAUAACUAUAGGAAAUAAAAAUCCUGAACAAGUCAUAAAUUUAUUGAACGAAAUAAAUAAGGAAAAGGGAUGUGACACUGAGUUAAUAAAAAAUAUUACGAAUCAUAUAUACGACUUUAGUGAAGACUUUUUUUGUCCGCAAUUAGUUAAGGUUUUAGAAAAUUAUGUAAUGUUAAAAUAUUCGGAUGAAACCUUACUAGCAAUGGUAUGCAACCGAAUAGACGACUUGGUAAGUAUAAAAUCUUGUUUAAGAACAAAAAUAAUGAUAAAUAUUUUUAAACAACUAAAUUUCCAUCAUCCGUUGGUUAAACUUCCAUUACUGUCUCAACUAAAUGAUAAUAUUAAUGAUUAUAAAAAUGAGUUAGUUUCUAUUAUAAAAAAUAUAUCUUAUUUAUAUGUAGAUACCUGCACAAGUCAUAAUAUUAUGAACCGUGUAAUAGUAAAUUAUGAUUAUUAUGACAAGGAUAUAUUUACCAUAUUUGAAGCUUUUAGUAGGCUAGAUGAUUAUACAGAAAUGUUUAUCGAUUUAAUGGUAGAAAAAGUACAAAAUAUAGAACAAAGUAAUAGAUGUUGUAGUUUAAAAGAUUUUCUUAAAUUCCUCAGUGCAUAUAAGAGAAUAGGAUUAAAUGAAAAUACAUAUUUACAUACACAAUUUGAAAAAAAAAUAAAUAAUAUUAAAUUAUUAUCUCCUAGUAAUAUUUCUUAUAUUCUUCUGCAAAUGGUAUCAGCCAAAUAUAGAAAUGAACACUUAUUUGAAUUGUUAAUGAUGAAUAUAGAAAAUUAUAUAAACAGUAACAGGGGAGAAACAAAUUAUGAAAAGACAAAUUUAUUCUUCUAUGAUUUGGCUAGUUGUAAUGAGAGGAAAAAGAGAAGUAAAAGUGCCAAUUGUGCUAUAGUUAAAGGAGGAAAGGCGAUAAAAAGUGAAAAUGUAAUUGAUAAGGAUGAAGAAUUACGAAUUUAUGAAAAUACUUAUAGUUCCAUUUGUAACAGAUACAUUUUAUAUUUUUUACCUUUUCAUUUACUUUUGCUAAUAUUGUUAGAUUAUGAUAAUAAAAAUAUAUUAAUGCACUUGCUUACCAUAUGUGUAAGUGACUAUCUGUCCUUAUAUGAUACAUCAGAUUUGAUUAAAUUGUUAUAUGCCCACACUCUUCUUCUAGUAAUGAUUGGAAAAAAGGAUAAUAAUAAGAGUAAAACUGCAAAACUAGAAGGAAACGUUUUACAUAUAUUCAUGGCUCUUCAAUAUGUAUAUAAAAGUGCUACUAUUAAUGAUCUGAAAAUAUUACAUAAUUGCUUUUUAUAUCAUCAUAAUAUUUUUAAAAAUAAUAGCAGCAAAUUGAAAAAGCUACAAGACGAUUUGUUAUAUACAGAAUGCUUUUCAAUAUUGCCAUCAUCCUAUUCUAAUUUAAAGUUUGAACAGCUAGAAGUGGUCAGAUGUGCUAGUUCAUCAUAUUUGAAAAAUGUGAACAAUGAUUCGAUUUAUUUUUACUUAAAUAAGAAUGAUUUCUUUUCAUCAAACCAGUAUCAUUAUGAUAACUUGUUGUUAAAUGUUAGGCUCAAAAUUGAUAUUUUAAAAAAGCGUCACAGUACUAGUAGUCUGAAGAUAAUUUAUAAGGAAAACAUCAUUAAAAGUGAGUAG